UAUUAAACGAGGCAGGCCUGAUGAGAAUUCCUGCCUCUUCUUUAUUGAUUCUGUUUCCUUUCUUGUUGCCUCUAGUGUUGAAAGAUCACCAUGGAUCUCACAGCGGGGCAUAAGGAGGCCUUCUCCCUAUUCGACAAAGAUGGAGAUGGUUGCAUCACAGUUGAAGAACUGGCUGAUGUCGUUCGUUCAUUGGGACAUGACCCAACUAAACAAGAACUGCAGGAUAUGAUCAUGGAGGUCGAUGUGAAUGGCAAUGGGACCAUAGAGUUCAAUGAGUUCCUCAGCAUAAUGGAUAGAAAAAUGAAGGAGGUGGAAGCAGAAGAGGAGCUGAGAGAAGCCUUUAACGUUUUUGAUAUAGACCAGAAUGGUUUCAUCUCGGCUAGUGAGCUCAUGAAGGUGAUGAUCAGCCUUGGAGAUGAUGUUACCAGUGAGCAGGUUUUAGAGAUGAUUAGAGAAGCUGAUAUGGAUGGUGAUGGACAAGUGAACUUUGAUGAAUUCACCAGGAUGAUGAUGUUCCUCAAGUCUUGAACUCCGAUUAUAUAUAGUUUAAGGAGUGUUGUGCCUGAUGGUGUCUUAAGUUGCAGAAGUUUGCAUUUUAUUAAAGAAAAAGAAAUUGCGUGUGAAUUGAUAAUAAUAAAAUAAUAAAUAAGGACUCGUUUAUUA